ACAGUCACCACGGUCAUCGUUCGCGCGUACACCGGCGCGCCGCUCAUGUUCCAGACCCGACACCGUGCUGUUCGGCCUGGCCUGCGAGCGCGGCGCCGACGGAGCACGCGAACACGCCGGCCUGGAGGAUGGCGGCCGGCUGUUCGGCCGCCCACGGCCAAGCUCGCCCGGGCCAGUCACCUCCCGAGGUGCGAAACGUUUUUCUUUUUCUUUUCUCACCCUCCACAGGAACAGAAAGCUACCCAAUCCUCACCCCCGACAGAGACGGCAGCGGCGGCGCGCGUCGAGCUAGCACCGAGCGAUCUCCUGGUAGCACCAAGCCGGCCAAGAUAACAAGCACAGCAGCCCCCUUUCUCUCCCUCAAAAAUCAGAGUGAGCAUGGUUCAUCCAUUUGAUUGUGUUCCCAGCUGAGGCUGCUGGGUCACCUGCCGGAACAGCGCCUGGAAAAAUGGCGUCCACCCUUCUCCCGACCUUAUUGCCGCCUGUUUCACGCACCGCCGCCUUCCUCCUCCGAACCCCAUCACAACCCUUCCGCUAUCACCAUCCACUUUUCCGCAGCCUCCUCGCCUCAGCUUCCUCCCCAUCAACCUCUCCUACUCCACGCGCCCUCGUUACCAUGGCCUCUGCAGCUAUCCCCGCCCGCCGGGAUCUCCUCAUGCUCGGCAUUGAGACCAGCUGUGACGACACCGCCGCCGCUGUGGUUAGAGGCGACGGGGAGAUCCUUAGCCAAGCGAUUUCUUCCCAAUCAGAUUUGCUUGUGAAAUGGGGCGGGGUCGCUCCUAAGAUGGCCGAAGAAGCUCACGCGCUUGCAAUCGAUCAGGUUGUUCAGAAAGCACUCGAUGAUGCAAAUGUGUCAGAGAGUGAUCUUUCUGCUGUGGCCGUGACCAUUGGACCAGGACUUAGUCUAUGCCUUAGAGUUGGUGUUCACAAAGCUCGGAAAAUAGCAAAAGUAUUUGGCUUGCCUAUUGUUGGAGUUCACCAUAUGGAGGCACAUGCAUUAGUUUCCAGGCUGGUGAACAAGGACCUUAAUUACCCAUUUUUAGCUCUUCUAAUUUCAGGAGGACACAAUCUUCUUGUUCUCGCUCAGAACCUUGGUGAGUAUGUUCAACUGGGGACUACUAUAGAUGAUGCAAUUGGUGAGGCAUAUGACAAGGCAGCAAGAUGGCUGGGUCUUGAUAUCCGGAAAGGUGGUGGUCCUGCUCUUGAAGAGCUUGCCCUAGAAGGUGAUCCAAAUUCUAUUAAUUUCACAGUUCCGAUGCGACAACACAAAGAUUGCAAUUUCUCUUAUGCUGGUCUGAAGACUCAAGUUCGAUUGACUAUUGAAUCCAGAAAUCUGUGCACAGAUGAUAUCCCCAUUUCUUCCGCAACAGAAGAAGACAGACAACUAAGGGCGAACAUUGCCGCCUCUUUCCAGAGGAUUGCUGUUCUGCAUUUGGAGGAUAGAUGCCAGCGAGCAGUUGAAUGGGCAUUGAAGAUGAAACCUUCUAUUAAAAACUUUGUUGUUUCAGGUGGUGUUGCUUCUAACCAGUAUGUUAGGACCCGCUUGAAUCAUAUUGCUGAGAAGAAUGGCCUACAGCUCGUAUCCCCUCCCCCAAGUCUAUGUACCGACAAUGGUGUCAUGAUUGCUUGGACUGGAAUCGAGCACUUUGUUGCAGGUAGAUUUGAAGAUCCACCUCCCGCUGAUGAGCCUGAUGAUAUGCAGUAUGACUUGCGUCCAAGAUGGCCACUUGGCGAGGAAUAUUCAGAAGGAAGAAGUGUUUCACGAUCACUGAAGACGGCUAGGAUCCAUCCAUCACUUACAUCCAUGACACAGAGCUCUCUCCACAACUAGUCUGGUCAGAUCAUUGAUCUUUGCUUUUUGCUGCCGUUGAGUUCCACAUCAUCCAGUUUUGGGACCUUUACCUGGGCAGCGCAGCUCAACUUUAUUUGUCAUUGCAGUAAUUAGCUGCAAAGGCAUGAGCUGACUAGCAGUUCAUCUGUUCAGUUCACAUAGAAGUUGUUUACCACGCCAUGACCUGAUAUUUGAGCAUCCAUGUUAAAUGAUUGCAGUCAAUGGGUGUAUUUAUAGGAUACCAAUUACUCCUUCCAUUCCCAAAUAUAAGACUUUUUAGAGAUUCCAAUACGGAAUACAUACGGAGCAAAAUGAGUGAAUCAACACUCUAAAAUACGUCUAUAUACAUCCGUAUGUAGUCUGUAUUGAAAUCUCUAAAAAGACCUAUAUUUAGAAACAGAGGGAGUAUUACUUUUCUAGUGUUAUAUGUGUAAAUAACUGAAGAGUAAACAUGUAUUUGUUGUUAUGUAUUAUUCUUUAUGAUUA